GCCUGUGGGGAGGCGCGGAGGAGGCGCGGCCGCCGCGGGACGUCUGGCAGGGCCCGCACCGGAGAGGCGUCUCGGCAGCUGGUGGUCGGCCUGCUACUCCGAGCCUGCGGCGGGGCGGCGGCGGUAUGCACGUGUGAGAUGCGGACGCGGGCGGCGCGGACGCGAACAGCGGCGGCGGCGGCGAGCGCGGCCUCUUGGGCGCGGGACGCGCGGUGCCUGAGGGCGGGCGCGUGGGCGCUGGGCAGCCGCCGACCGCGCCGCCUGCGCAGGCGCUGGUUCAGGACUCACUCGCCUAGCUGAGGCCCGCGGGCCCGUCAUGGAGGCGCCCACCGUGGAGACGCCCUCCGACCCUGCGCCCCCCUCGGCCUCGGCCUCGGCCCCGGCCCCGGCCCCGGCCCCGGCCCCAGCCCCAGCCCCAGCCCCGGCCCCGGUUCCGCUGCGCGCCCCGGACGUGGCGCGGCUGCGCGAGGAGCAGGAAAAGGUGGUCACUAACUGCCAAGAGAAAAUCCAGCAUUGGAAGAAGGUAGAUAAUGACUAUAAUGCCCUUCGAGAAAGACUCAGCACCUUGCCUGAUAAAUUGUCUUAUAAUAUAAUGGUACCAUUUGGCCCUUUUGCCUUCAUGCCAGGAAAACUUGUCCAUACUAAUGAAGUCACUGUUUUACUGGGGGACAACUGGUUUGCAAAGUGCUCAGCAAAGCAGGCUGUAGGUUUAGUUGAGCACCGGAAAGAACAUGUAAGAAAAACAAUAGAGGAUUUAAGAAAAGUGAUGAAAAAUUUUGAAUCAAGAGUUGAAUUCACAGAAGAUUUACAGAAAAUGAGUGAUGCUGCAGGUGAUAUUGUUGAUAUAAGAGAAGAAAUUAAAUGUGACUUUGAAUUUAAAGCAAAACACCGAAUUGCUCAUAAACCACAUUCCAAACCAAAAACUUCAGAUACUUUUGAAGCAGAUAUUGCAAAUGAUAUGAAAUCCAAGGAUUUGCUUGCUGAUAAAGAACUGUGGGCUCGACUUGAAGAACUAGAGAGACAAGAAGAAUUGCUGGGUGAACUUGAUAGUAAGCCUGAUACUGUGAUUGCAAAUGGAGAAGAUACGACAUCUUCUGAAGAAGAAAAGGAAGAUCAUAACACAAAUGUGAAUGUGAUGCAUCAAGUAACAGACUCUCAUACCCCGGCCAGUUGUCAUACGGAUGUGGCAAGUUCAGAACCAUUUAGUGGUCGGUUGAAUAGUCAGUUGAACUGUUCAGUGAAUGGUUCCAGUUCUUACCACAGUGAUGAUGAUGAUGAUGAUGAUGACGACAAUGGUGAUGAUGACGACGUUGAUGACGACGAUGAUGGUGAUAAUGGCCAUGAGAUUUUAGGAGUUGGAGAUAAUUCUAUACCAACAAUAUAUUUUUCUCAUACUGUUGAGCCUAAGAGGGUCCGAAUAAAUACUGGAAAGAAUACCACUUUAAAAUUCAGUGAAAAGAAAGAAGAAGCCAAACGUAAACGAAAGAACAGCACUGGCAGUGGCCACUCUGCCCAGGAGCUGCCGACCAUCAGGACACCUGCUGACAUUUACAGAGCCUUUGUUGACGUUGUGAAUGGAGAAUACGUCCCUCGUAAAUCCAUCCUGAAGUCUCGAAGCAGAGAGAAUAGUGUGUGUAGUGAUACCAGUGAAAGCAGUGCUGCUGAAUUUGAUGAGAGGCGGGGCAUUUUGAGGAGCAUCAGCUGCGAAGAAGCCACUUGCAGUGACACCAGUGAGAGCAUUUUGGAAGAGGAACCACAAGAAAAUCAUCAAAAGAAACUUUUGCCCUUAUCGGGAACACUUGAGGCUUUUUCUGGAACUGUUAUAGAAAAAGAAUUUGUAUCGCCUUCCUUAACACCACACCCAGCCAUUGCUCAUCCUGCGCUACCCACCAUUCCAGAACGAAAGGAAGUUCUGUUGGAAGCAUCAGAAGAAACUGGAAAGAGGGUUUCAAAGUUUAAAGCUUCCAGAUUGCAGCAGAAAAACUAGGCCCUGUGUAGGAAAUGGGAAUUUACAUCUUAAAACCUAGUUGUUCAUUUGUUUAGAAUCUCUAUAGCAAAAUAGGUUACAUGUAGUUUGAAAUAAGGUAUCCUGAGUUACUUUGGCAACAAGUUCUUUUACCCUUACCGGUGGUAUUUGAAAAAAAUCAAAAGUAACUGUCUGAAUACUUUAAUAUCCAGCUUGUUUUGUUAAUUCUCUGAAUACUGUCAACACUUGUCUGAGUUUGCCUUUAUGAUGCAGUGGCAGCAUUUUGAAUUACUUUUCAAAGAAUACUGUUCAUAUGCAUUGUUUUUGUGUUUCAAACUAAAUACAGGCAGUUUUGUACCAGCUGUGAUAUUGUGCAUACCAUAUGGACCCUUUUAAAGACAAUUUUAAAAUUUCAAAUAGAUUCAACAAUUAUAUCACUUGCUUUUACAUUUUAAAGGCACCUUAAAAAAAAAUCUACUUCUCUUGUAGGUUUUGCAGCUAGUUGGCUAUUUAAGAAACCUCUCCCCUCUGAAUGUCAUACUGUAAUCUUUAAGGCAGAAAACUACAUGAGUUAAUUGUACUCUAUGGGAAAAUUUCUUUGGAAAGAUAUUUUGUAAAACUUUUUUUUUUUUUUCCGAGUAAAAAUUUUAUGAAACUUGGUCUCAAAAAUGUUGUGAACUUUAUGAUUCAAAAUUAAGUCUAGAUACAUCCUUGAUUCAUAAUAUA